CCUGUAAAAACGACACUGGGACACUCAGGCUUUAAUUGACGCGACUCCGCUGACCGGAUUCAAGUGUUUCCAUAUGACCGGUUAUUCGCUCACAGGAUACGUGCACGCAUUGCGGUUCUUAUUUUGAACAAGACCUGGACGCUAACAGAGACAAAGAAGGAGAAGAGUGUGAUACACAUGCCAAAUGACAGAUUUAUAUCAGGAACCGGAGUGGGCAGCGCACACAGAGCGGAGUUUGUUUUAAUGUUGUCGUUUGUUUAAAUGGUCAUCGGAUCAUACGUUUUUUUGACUACAUAAAAAUGCACCUUGUGGGAAUUUUGCUUUUACUGGUGUAUAGCAACUUCGCCAGCGACUUCAGUGACAGCGACUACUACGAAUAUGACGAGCAGAUGCACGAGGAAGAGUCUGACUCUUCACCGGAGCCAGACAUGGAAGAGAGGUUGCGCUCAGCUUCCAGUGUUGAUGAAUUGAUGAGUCUUAUCUACCCAUUCUACUGGGCUGCUCUCAAGUGUAAAUCUAAAUUACCCUUUGCUUCUGUGUCCAAACUGUCUCACCACCUGGAGCCGUUAAUCGAAACAGAUCAGACAAACUUCGCGGCUGCCUACCUCAACUUGGAUGUUCUGAAAAGUGUAGAAUCAGAGUGGAGAAAGACUCAGUGCAGACCCAGGGAAGUGUGUGUCGACGUGGGCAGGGAAUUUGGUGUACCCACCAACAUCUUCUAUAAACCACCAUGUGUGUCCGUCUACAGAUGUGGAGGAUGUUGCCACUCUGAAGACAAACAAUGCAGGAAUAUUUCAACUGGUUACCUCAGCAAAACUCUUUUUGAAAUCACAGUACCAAUUGCCCAAGGCACGAAGCCAGUGACUAUUAGUGUGGCCAAUCACACACAGUGCAGUUGUUUGUCUAAGCUUGACAGCUCCAAACAAGUCCACGGCAUCAUCAGGAGAUCCCUGACCGAGUGUUCCAUCGCCAGUCAGACCUGUGCCCCAAAUGAAGCUUGGAGCAGCAGACAUUGUCUGUGUGUCAGCACAACCAGUGAAUAUCCACCAUCGCUUCCUCUUCCAAGCUCACCCAAACUUGAUACAUUCUCAGCAAAUGUAUGUGGCCCACAUAAGGAACUGGAUGCGGAAACCUGUCAGUGUGUGUGUCAGCGCCUAGAUCCAACUCAACACUGUGGCACUAACCGCCACUUUGACCGUAAUACUUGCCAGUGUGUCUGCAGUACCUCACCUUACCACUCAUGCCCACAAAACCACAUCUACAACCUGGAUACCUGUCAGUGCACAUGUGGCAAGACUUGUCCAAGGCACCAGCCGCUCAAUAAAACAAAAUGCUCCUGCGAAUGUAAUGAGUCACCCAAUAAGUGUUUUCUAAAAGGACGCAGGUUUCAUCACGCUACUUGCAGUUGUCUCAGGCCUCUGUGUAUGGUCAGGAGGCGCAGGUGUGAACCAGGAUUUUCAUUCAGUGAAGAAGUGUGCCGCUGUGUACCGUCCUACUGGAGACGGCUGGACUAACCACUAAAUAAUGGAACACUAUAAAGUUGCUAAUGAGCAUUUAUAGGACACACAAAAUUGUCACCCAUAUGCCCUAUUGACCCGUUUUCCCUGACUGGGUGUCUGAAUGGACUGCAAUGGCAGCUGUUGACUUCAUCCAAAGUAAGGACUCUUAGUUUUUGGUGUGCUUUACGGUAUUUUUGACCUAAAAUGGGGCCAGAGUAAUGUUUUAUUAUUAUAGCUCUUUAUGUUACAUUCUUUGACGACUACUUGUGAAUGUGAAUGGUGUCAGCCCUGUGAUGGACACGUGAACAUUCCAGGCCAGUGUGUACCCCAAAGUCAACUGGGAGAGACUCCAGCUCUUCUAUUUCAAAUACUGUCACACAAUACAUAGUGCAUGGAUGCAUUUGUCCCUGAAUAUUCUCGAAAGAUAGUGGUUCACUAAUUUAUUGUAUGUUUGUUUGUUUGUUUGUUUUUCUUAUCUGAAUAUAUUGUCAGAUGAAUCUAUGUCCUUGAUACACUGUGAUCAAUACUGUGUUAAAAAAGUGUGAUUUAAAAUGUGCGUUCUUGUUGGUGGAAUUUGUAUUCAUGUUUGUCCUGUACAUUACAGCUAUGAAAUAUCGCAUUAAUUUCAGCAUGUAUGCCCGAGGUGAAUAACAAUGUAUUUCAGAAUUGAAGCUGAUUCAAGAAAAUGUUGGUUUUAUUAGAUGGGAGGCGGCCCGGUAGUCCAGUGGUUAGCACGUCGGCUUCACAGUGCAGAGGUACCGGGUUCGAUUCCAGAUCCGGCCUCCCUGUGUGGAGUUUGCAUGUUCUCCCCGGGCCUGCGUGGGUUUUCUCCGGGUGCUCCGGUUUCCUCCCACAUUCCAAAAAUAUGCAUGGCAGGCUGAUUGAACACUCUAAAUUGUCCCUAGAUGUGAGUGUGAGUGCGAAUGGUUGUUCGUCUCUAUGUGCCCUGCGAUUGGCUGGCAACCGAUUCAGGGUGUCCCCCGCCUACUGCCCGGAGACGGCUGGGAUAGGCUCCAGCACCCCCGCGACCCUAGUGAGGAUUAAGCGGUUCGGAAGAUGAAUGAAUGAAUGAAUGAAUGAAUAUUAGAUGGGAUGGAGCCAUGUUUUUCCUGUUCCUAAGGGUCAAGUUGGAAGAAACAUUUUUUCAUAGUUAAAAUGAAAAUGUACUCUUUACCAUUUGUCUGUUCAUAGUAUGCCUGUAAGAGAAUUAAAAUGUUUUGAAGAA